GCAAAACCCAAGUGGUCGCGAAAUAGCCUCUGACAGAGAAACAUUCCAGCGCUUCCGGACGUGCUCUCCAUUUCAUCACCAAGCAUCGUUCCACAACUGAAAACAAGAAUGUCCGGUGAUCCUCCUGGACCUCCUCCGGGAAGACCUCCAGUCGCCAAUGUGCCAUACAUCCCUCAACCAGGUGCACCUGCUGCCCCGUCGUUCCGCCCACCUGCUGCUCCGGGAUUCGGCUUUCCUCCAGGUCCAUCUCCGGGGAUGCCCUUCAGUGUCGGAGGGUUCCCGCAUCCCCUCCUUCCACCUGGAUGGUCCGAACAUAGAGCCCCGGAUGGCAUAACGCCUUAUUACUAUAACGCUCAAACUCGCGAAUCGACAUACAUCCGCCCCACUUUCCCUCCCUUCCCUCUCGGGACCACUCCACCCACUGGGUCUCCAGUUCAUGGCGCAGUUACCCCAGGCGGAACGGGAGCUGGUGAGGAAAAGACGAAGAAGAAGAAGAAGGAAAAGCCCAAGGACAAGGUGCCGAUCCCCGGUACUGGCUGGAUGCGAAUCACGACAACUGAAGGGAAUGUGUUUUACUUUGAAAAGGAGAACAAAAGAUCGGAAUGGACUGUUCCAGAUGAGAUCAAGGAAGCUGUAACUCAACUGGAGGAGGAGGAGAGGAAGAAAAAGAAGGAAAAAGAUAAAGUGGAGCAAGAGAGGCUUGAGCAGAAGAGGAUUGAAAAGCUGAAAGAGCUGGAGAGGAUCAGGGCGGAGAUAGAUGCUGAGAGGAGGAAGAAGGAAGAGGCAGAAAAGGAGAGAAAGAGGAAACAGGGGGAGGGUGGCGAAGAUGAUGCACCGGAGGAGAAGAAGGCCAGGGUGGGCGACCAAGAGCAAGUGGAGGAGGACGUGGUUGGCCCAGAGGGCGAAGACGACAAAGAGGCCUGGAUGAAGGCUGUUGCCGCCGAGUUCGCCGAGAAGGAUGCUCAAACCAAAAAGGAUUUGGAAGAGCAAGAUGAAAAGACUAAAAAGGAAGAGGCCGAAGCCGCAAAAAAGGUCUUUGCCGUCCCUGAAAAGGUCAACUUUUCUGUCGAAGAAGGACGUGCAUUGUUCAAGGCUUUGCUCAUUGAAAAGGACAUCUCGCCGUUUGCCCCCUGGGAUCAAUCCCUGCCCUUAUUCAUCAACGAUCCGCGCUACGUGCUUCUCUCAUCUACGAAAGACCGACGUGAGGUGUAUGAAGAGUACUGCCGUGAAGUUGGUCGGGCCAAACGCCUCAAGAAGGGUUCUUCCGCGGAAGAGAAGAAGGCAGAGCCAGAGAAGGAAUACCAAGCCUUGCUGGAUAAGGAAGUGACAAGUACUAGGACGAGAUGGGAUGACUUUAGAAAAAAAUGGAAGAAGGAUAGGAGAUUUUAUGCUUUUGGCAGAGAUGAUCACCAGAGGGAAAAGGUAUUUAAGCAGCAUUUGAGAGAUCUUGGCGAGCGUAAACGAGCUGCAGCGCAGAAAGCCGAAGAAGACUUCAACUCUUCUCUGUAAGGGACGAGGGUAGGAGGAAGAGUACGUAAGAGGAAGGCGGGAGGAAGAGUAGGAGGACCGUGCGGGCAGGCGUUAGGGAGGAGAGAGGUCCAAGCGGAGGGUGCAGGGAAAGUGUGAGGAAGAUGAGUCAGCUCGUAGAGCUGAAGAAGAUAUAAAAGGCGUAGCCUUAGAGUAGAUGAAUGCAU